UCAGAGUUCAGGUUGCAAAACAACUUGGGUACAGUUUGUUGUGUAGUAAAAGCUGCAGAGUGAAAUGUUGGAAAAUUACUAUGAACCUGCCUUUAGACAACAUUAUGCAGAGAGCUGAGGGAAUUCUGCCUGUCUAGUUUUGCCUAAAACAUUUUACGGAAGGAAAGACAGCAUUGGCAUGGCAAAGCGGAGAGAGGCUGCAGAGACCAAAACAAAGAAACCGAAGCAAGCGAUGAAGGCAAAAACCAGCGGAGCAAGACCAAGAGCGAAGAAGAAAGCUGCAGAGGAAGAGGAAACGCUUGAGAGGAAGGUCAAACCCAAACCAUGUAGGUCCACAAAACGAGCAGCAGGGAACACCACUUCCACCACAUCCACACCCACCCUUGCUGUCAAAACCAGUAAAUACUUCCAGUCGUCACUGAAGAAGGAGGAGACUGACAUUGACAGUGAAGACGACUUUGACAUGGUGACCUCAGAAGCACCUGAGGCCGCAGUGAAUGCUGAGAAAACCGAGAAAGAACAAGAGGAGGAGGAGGACAGUGAGGAAGAUGCGGAUGAUUGGGAGGAAGUGGAAGAGCUGGCUGAGCAGAUGGGUCCAGUUGAGCUACCAGAACCUGUCCUGCCCUCUCAGCCAGUUGAGAUAGAGAUUGAGACUCAAGAAGUCAGGAAAAGGAAAAAGAGGCAGGCAGAGUUUGAGACAUACUUGAAGCGGAUGUUGAACCGAUACAAGAAGGACCAGCUGAUAAACACACACAAGGUCCACCUCAUGUGCCUGAUAGCCAAUGGGAUGUUCCGCAACCAACUGUGCAGUGAACCACUCCUGCUGGCCAUAACUCUGUCGCUGCUGCCCCCCCACUUCAGUAUGGUUGCCAAGGAACAUAUUGACCAAAACUACCUCUCCAGACUGCUUAAAUGGUUUAGAGAAACGUUCACUCUCAACCCCAGUCUUUCCUGUGAAGAGUGUCCGGACCCCUGUGCUCUGCUGGAGAGGCGGCUGGGCAAUCUGUCAGCCAGAGACCACCAGGAGAUGACUCAUCUGUUCCUGUUGGUCCUGAGGUCUCUGCAUCUCUUCAGCCGAUUGGUUCUUUCUUUGCAGCCGAUACCUUUCAAACUCCCAUUAGCCAAGGGCAAAGGAGUUACAACAUCUGCUGAUGUCCUGGGAAAGAGCCACACAAGCCAUGGAACCUCCAAGAGCAGCCCCCCUGAGUCGAAGGUCUCUCCUGGUACGAAGAGACCAGCAGGAGGGUUGAAGAUCAAAGGAGACAGUGGAGGAAAGAAAGCAAAGAGAAAAGUAAUAAAGGAGGACGAUGAGGAGGAAGAGAAGAAGGCUAUAACAUCAGGAGGGCAGAGGCCAAAGAACUCAAAACGCCGCAGCAUUGCUUCAAAAGUUAACUACAAGGAGGAGAGCAACAGUGAAGGGGAAAUGGAGGAGCAGGGGCUUUCUGAUGACAUGGAAUUGCAGUUAACAAGUGAAGAGGACAGUGAAGAUUCAGAUAGUUGGGCUAAAUCUACAAAGAAGAAGAUGGGGAACAGGAACAGCAAAGCCAAAGUGGCCUACAGCAAGAAAACCACAGCUUCAAAGAGAACAGAUAAAAAACAGGUAAAGGAGGAGGAAUGCGAGUGGCAAGACGAUCAUGACGACGCAGAAAGAACAACAAGCAAUGGAACAAAGCAUAGGAGUGGGAAAAAGAAGGGUGAGCAUGGAGCGGACGAGUGGUUGGAGGUGUUUCUGGAAAAAAACUCUUCCUGGGUUUGCGUGGAUGUGGAGCAUGGUGUCGGAAUGCCUCAUCUCUGCUCCCAGAAUGCAACAGUGCCAGUGACAUAUGUGGUGUCGUUGGACGGAGACGGGUUCAUUAAGGACCUGGGAAAGAAGUAUGACCCCACCUGGAUGACAUCGUCCAGGAAGAGACGAGUGGAUGAAGACUGGUGGGAGGAAACGCUUGAGCCGUUCCUGGCGCCCGAGGACGAGAGGGACAUAAUGGAGGACAAGGAGCUUCAAAACAAGCUGCUGAACAAACCGAUGCCAAUCUCAGUAGGCGAGUAUAAGAACCACCCGCUCUAUGCCUUAAAGAGACACCUGCUGAAAUACGAAGCUAUCUACCCUUCAUCAGCCACUGUACUGGGAUACUGCAGAGGCGAGCCAGUGUACUCCAGGGAUUGUGUGCACACCCUCCAUUCCAGAGACACAUGGCUGAAAGAAGCACGAACUGUCAGACUAGGAGAGGAGCCAUACAAGAAAGUGAAGGGUUUCUCUAAUCGUUCACGUAAAGCCAGGAUGAUGUCUGAGCUGAAGGAUGAAAAUGACCUGCCUCUGUUUGGAGAAUGGCAGACUGAAGAGUACCAGCCGCCUAUAGCUGUGGAUGGGAAGGUUCCUCGUAAUGAUUACGGUAACGUCUACUUGUUUAAGCCCUGUAUGUUACCGGUGGGCUGUGUUCACCUCAGGCUGCCCAACCUGCACCGCACGGCCAGGAAGCUGAACAUUGACGCCGCCCCUGCGGUCACAGGCUUUGACUUCCAUGGAGGAUACUCGCAUGCUGUGACUGACGGUUACAUUGUGUGUGAGGAGCAUGAGGAGAUUCUCAGAGCAGCCUGGGUAGAAGAACAAGAGCUUCAGAAACAGAAGGAGAAAGAGAAAAGAGAAAAGAGGACUAUCUCCAACUGGGCUCUGCUGGUGAAGGGGCUCCUGAUCAGAGAAAAGCUUAAACAGCGCUACGGCAAGAAGAACGAGGGACUGGUGAGCCUUGCGCACAGAGAGAAGGGUGCUGGACUUUCAUCUGAUGAGGAGGCGGUUGAGUGUGGAAGUCCAGGAGCUAAGACUGCAUCUGAAACUCUGGCGGUGUCCUGGCCCCAGAAUAGACAAGCAGAGGAGGGUGGAGGGAACAUCAGCGAACUGAAGAGGAAAACAAUGACAAAACGAGAAAAGAGAGGACAAGAGAAACAUUUGUUCCCUUUUGAGAAAGUGUGAUGUCAGAGACACAAAAAUUAAGAUCGAUUAUCCCUUGCUCUCAAAAAAGCACUUGGAUGUCUGCUCCUCACGUUCUUUAGAAGUGUUCACACAACAUACCUUCAAGCAGGAUAAAGUAUGUCUUGUCCGAAACAAAUCUGAAAUACAUUUUUGCAAGGUUGGUCAACACUGGAACAUUUAGCUAUAACACUAUAAAAAGCGAAAGGAGAGGAAUGUUUUGUUGUGAAAUGAUCUGUAGAUUUAUCUGUUUCUUAUAGUGGUGAUAAAACAUAGAUUAAACCUGCUUUGUCUCCAUUACUGUAUAUAUUUCUAUUAGCUCAUAUGUUCUAUUGGUAGCUUUUUGUAUGAAAGUAUAAAAGACAGUACAUGCCAAGAUGCCAGUGGAAUAAAACAUGUUUAGUGACUAUCAAA